GCGAUGCUCGAAGCCAGGGGCCUGCCAACUCAUUUAUUUGGGGCUUUGGGUUCGAGAAUGCAACAACUUCUUCAAAGAUCUAUGGCAGGUGGCCCAGUCCAUAAAGCUCAGCAGCACCUACAGGCCAUACAAUCAAAAGAUUCGAGUCAGCAGUUGCAAGGUGUCAUCGAGAUGUGCCAGAUAUUGGUGAUGGGCAACGAAGAUACGCUAGCUGGUUUUCCCAUUCGUCAAGCUGUUCCCACGCUAGCCGGCCUACUUAGAAAUCCAACCAAUAGCAGCGGUCUGCCCAUGGCCUCAUCAUCCAAUCACGAUGCUCCAAUUGGUAACUUCGAUCUUAUGCACCAUGCCUGUCGAGCUCUGACUUAUAUGAUGGAGGCACUGCCAAGGUCUGUUGGUGUUGUCGUUGAGGUCGUUCCAGCCUUUCUGGAGAAGCUGCAAUCGAUCCAAUGCAUGGACGUGGCAGAACAGUCCUUGCAGGCUCUCGACAUGCUAUCCAGGAAGCAUCAUAAAGCCAUACUCCACGCUGACGGCGUGUCGGCAUGUUUAACCUUCCUGGAUUUUUUCUCGAUAACUGCGCAAAGAACGGCAUUGUCGAUAACAGCUAACUGCUGCCAAAAUCUUACAGUCGAGGAGUUCAUGUUUAUCAAACCGUCUCUUUCGGUAUUGGUCAAUAGGCUCAGCCAAUCGGAUAAAAAGUCAUUGGACAGUGUAUGUUUAAGUUUGUCGCGAAUGGUCGACAGCUACCAGUCAGAAACGAACAUUCUGAGAGACCUAGCAGCUGAUAAGUUCUUUGAAUAUAUUAUUCAACUGAUGAUGGCCAGCCCCACAAUCAUAAGUAGCAACAUGUUUGUCACCGUCAUCCACAUGCUGGUCGUCAUGGCAACCAGCUGCCCUGAUUUAGCUGUUCAGCUGCUCAAGCUAAAUAUAGCUGAUACAUUAUGCCAUUUACUGAUCGGUGGCUCUGGUCAUGGGGCAUCUCAGAAUAUUGAACUAAUUCCAAGAACACCACAAGAGUUGUAUGAAAUUGUCUGCCUUAUUGGUGAAUUGAUGCCAACCCUGCCAACUGAUGGUCUCUUCUCAGUUAAUGAGUUACUCGUAAAAAAUGCACCACAGACCGACAACGGUGUAGUUUGGCAAUGGUGGGAUGAUCAUGGCGUUUGGCACUCUUACUCGCCAGCUGACUGUCGAAUUAUUGAGGCAGCCUUUCAGUUCGGGGAGCGCGAGGUUUCACUGUGCAUUUUUGGUGGGAAUUAUUCAGUAGACUUUGGUACGUCGCAGCAGAUUAAUGAGGACACUGGCACGGCGAGGUUUGUUAGGAGGAGGGUACAGGCGAGCUCUUCUUCCACUACUACCUCUCAAAAUGCCAAGAGAAUGAUUGACAGUAGGUGGGAGUUGUUAAAAAGUGAACCUCAAAUUGGAGACUCGUUUAUCAAAACUCUCUUUGCUGUCCUCUAUGAAGUCUACAAUUCAUCUGCUGGUCCGUCGAUUAGGCACAAAUGUUUGCAGGCAAUAAUGAGAUUGAUAUAUUAUGCUAAUCCUGAGCCAUUGAAAACAGUUCUUUCAUUCUGUAAUGUGCCUAGCCAUAUAGCCUCUAUGAUGGCCUCCAAUGAUUUGAAAGUUGUCGUCUGCUCUGUGCAAAUGGCCCAUAUCCUAAUGGAGAAGUUGCCAGAAGUCUUUAGCGUUCAGUUCUGCAGGGAAGGGGUCAUGCAUCAGAUAACGAAGCUGUGCGAGGUUCCUUCAUCGUCGUCAUCCAAAGUCACUAAGCAGCAUGCCACUGCUUUUGCUGCAUCCAUCACAAGUAAUGUUAGUAGUGGUACAAGCAAUGCAUCGUCAUCAUCUUCAUCAUCGGCUGCAACCUCCACAUUAAACAACAACAACAACGUCCUGUUAGGCAGGCCAUCAACGUCAUCGCCAUCAUCAAUACUAUUGCAGCAGCAGCAGCAUCCUUAUCUAGCUCCUCACCUGAGUUACGAUGCCCUAAGGAUUGCUCCGCCUCCACAGCCAUAUGGCGCUACUAUUAUUAGCAAUCAUGGAAAAUCCCAGCUCAAUAAUAGCAGUAAUAAUAACAAUAGUGGUGGUAGUAAUUCUGGAAAUUCCAGCGAUAACAAAGAGAAAGUAAAACUCUGGGUUGCUGAACAAGGUUUGUUUGUUUGGGUUUUUCCAUCUUAUGAGAACCCAGCUAUGCACUGUCUGAACAUGUUGGUUAAGGCUAAUAAGAUGUUGAAACGUCAGGUCAGUUGCUCAUCCGAGCUGAGGGCCCUGAAACAACUGGCGACCGUCAUGACGACGCAAGACGCCUCGCCAUUCGAAAUUAUUCACAGUGACGUCAUCGACACUCUCUAUAAUUAUCUUUCCGGGAAAAACCCAAUUUCUGACGAUGAGAAAAACCCGGAGGUUGAUGUCGGCGGUGGGGGAAAAAAUUCAAAAUCUGGCGGGAAAAAUUCCGGAAAAGGCAGCAAGAAAGGUGGUUGUAGGAAAGGCAAAGGCAAGAACUCUUUGAAUAAACUGAUCAACAGAUUGAUGGCCUGUCUUCAUCAUUUGGAGCAAUUCCAGGUAAAAGUGCACGACUUUCCAGCCGGCUCCAACUUAUCAUCUCGCGGCGGCACUAACGCUCUCAGAUUUUUUGAUACGCAUCAGUUGAAGUGCAAUCUCCAACGUCACCCUUCCUGCACAUCCCUGAAACAAUGGCGGGGGGGUCCAGUGAAGAUCGACCCACUCGCACUAAUUCAGGCCAUUGAAAAGUAUUUGGUACUGAGAGGCUAUGCCAGGAUUAGAAUGGACGAUGACGAUGAUGAUGACGACGACGAUGACGACGACGAUAUCGACGAAACACUGCAAGCAGCUGCAGCUAGUGCUGGUCAGCAACAGCCACAACAUUCUUUGGAAUUUUUGAUUAACGACAGACUCGUUCCUUACGACAUGACAGUCUACGAAGCUGUUAAACAUUUUAGUUCUCUACCGCCGCUGGGAAAAGCCGGAAGUGUUAAUAAUAGUAACAUUAAUGUUGUCAAUAACGAAAGUGAAACUGAUACCGAUCUGGAAAACCCGUUUGGAGUGGCCAGUAUCUGGACCAGUACACAUACUAUUUAUUUCAGGCCGGUGUCUCAACAGAACCCAUCGUCGUCAUCAGCUUCACUCCUGUCCUCAAAUGUGGACACUGUAGUCGGGCACAGUAAAAAGUCGAAAGCCGACAAAUCUAAAAGUAAAUCAACGGGAAAAUCUGCCAAAGAUCUCAAGCAGUAUCGUGGGAACUUGAUAUUGAACUCCGUGACCUCGAAUUUGACCGUGAACUCUGCAAACCUGACCUUCAAUGAUCCUUCUUUGAAGAUUAUGCCCUUACUUGACCUGCUUCACAACGUCAACAAGCUCUGGGGGUUGUUUUUUGAGAAAUCAGAUUUCAAUCCGCUAUUAAAGAGUCAAGAAUUUUUGAGUAGCAAGUUGACAUCAAAGGCAAAUCGGCAAUUGCAAGACCCGAUAUCCGUAGUUACUGCAAGCUUACCUGCCUGGCUUAUGCAAAUUGCUAAGUCUUGUCCAUUCCUACUUCCAUUCGAGACUCGACAAACCCUCUUUUACAUAACGACCUUCGACCGGGAGCGAGCCAUGUUCAGACUUCAGAGAGAACAGAACAGUGCCAGCAACGACGGGGGCUUGGGUGGCGGAGGUGGGGGCUCUAGCGAGGGGCACAAUAGGGUCACCCCGAGACUUGAGAGGAGGAAGACGACAGUUUCUAGAGAUGAUAUAUUGAAGCAAGCAGAAAAGCUGAUGACAGACAUGGGUUCCUCUAAGGCUCUCUUGGAAAUUCAAUACGAAAACGAGGUGGGAACAGGGCUAGGCCCCACUUUAGAAUUUUAUGCCCUUGUAAGUAGAGAGCUACAAAGGGCAGACCUUGAACUCUGGAAUGGCGAGGCCGUUUCAACAUCCAUUCAGAAUCAAGAUUCGAAACAACAGCAAAAUGACAGUGACCCAUCUUCGCCAGGUAUAGCCUCGUCAAAAUCCACUCGUCACAAUCAGUCCCCAUCAGUGCAACAACAAUCUCAACACCAGUACAUGUUCAGUCCGACUGGCCUAUUUCCUCAGCCUCUAUCCAAAUCGGCCAAAGUAGGUCAGAUCAACAAGAUCAGGUCAAAGUUCAAGUUCUUAGGCAGACUCAUGGCUAAGGCACUGAUGGAUUCUAGAAUGCUUGAUCUUCCUUUGAGUAAAGCGCUAUAUAAAUGGAUGUUACUAACCUCCUCAUCGUCGCCGUCGUCAGUAGCAGCAGCACCACCGCAGUCAUCAUCGUCGUCGUCGUCUUCCUCCUCGCAUUCAUCUUCAGCACACUUAGCACCGCCAGCGUCCUUGUUGGCGUCACCGUUCCCGUGUCAUGAGUUGAGUUUGGAGGAUCUGAAAGAUGUCCAGCCAACCGUAUUCAAGUUUAUCAAUCAGCUGAUUGAAGUUGAUAAGGAGAAGUGUAGAAUUCUCUCUGAACAUAAACUGACAUCAGAAGUUCGAAAAUCUCGUCUAGACGAGUUGAAAGUUGACGGUGUGACCUUCGAUGACCUCUGCGUGAAUUUCUGCGUGCCCGGCUGUCCCGACAUCGAGAUGAAGAAGGGUGGCAAGGAUAUCUGGCUGUCACACGUUAAUUUAACUGAAUAUAUCAAGCUCUCCAUUCAUUGGCUGUUGGUUGAAGGCCCUGCAAAGCAACUCGAGUCACUUAGGGAAGGCUUUGAGUCCGUUUUUCCAAUGAACUCUCUGGAAUUUUUUUAUCCAGAAGAGAUGGAGAUGUUGUUUUGUGGCAACCAAUUUGAGCCGUGGACCCCGAGCUAUCUAAGUGAAUGCUGUCGGGCUGAUCACGGGUACAACAUGGAAUCAAAACAGAUUAGGCACCUGUUUGAGGUCUUGCACUCGUUCACUCAAGAAGAACAAAGAAUGUUCUUGCAGUUCACCACUGGUUCACCCAAAUUACCUGUUGGCGGCUUCAAGAGCUUAAAUCCGCCCCUAACAAUCGUCCGCAAAUCAGUGGAGGAAAACGAGAAAGCAGACGACUACCUGCCAUCUGUCAUGACCUGCGUGAACUAUCUCAAACUUCCGGAAUAUUCUAACGCUAAGGUUUUAAAAGAAAAAAUCCUAUUGGCUAUCAAAGAAGGGCAGAUGUCUUUCCACCUCUCUUGAUUGGCUGAGAUACUUAUAUAUAUAUAUAUAUAAAUAUUUCUAAACAUAUAAACAUGCAUAAGUUUCUAUCUAUAUAUAUAUAUAUAUAUAUAGAGAGAGAGAGAGAGAGAGAGAGAGAGAACGAGGGAUUUAUAUGUAAAAUGUAAAAUACUAUUGAAAAUGGAAAAAAUUUUGGUUAAUUUCAUCAGAUCAAAGAUUAUACAAAAAUUAGAUUGCCUAUUUUAUUUUUAUUUUUUUUCUGGUUUGAUUACUGUUUACUUUUCUGUUAUAUAUAUAUAUAUAUAUAUAUAUAUAUAUAUAUAUAUAUAUAUUGGAAGGAGACCAUAUUUUAUACGGUAUUGUUCGGUAGAAUUCGUACAAUACUGUAUUUGUACACACACACACACACACAUAUAUAUAUAUAUAUAUAUAUAUAUAUAUAUAUAUAUAUAUAUAUAUAGUACAUUUGAUUGCUUUUCAAUUCACAAGCGUAAUUAAAUAUAACACUAUACAUGUAAUAUAUUUAUGUAUAUAUAUAUAUAUAUAUAUAUAUAAUGUAUUCUAUAUUAUAUAUACUCUAUAUAUAUAUAUAUAUAUAUAUAUACUCUAUAUAUAUAUAGAACGUUAUUUUAGUAAUAAAAAUUUGACGUUAUUUAUCUUACUUUAUUUGAUUCGUAUUUCUGAUAGCUUUUAUUAUUAAUAUUAUUAUUCCAUUGUUAUUAUAUAUUAUUAUUAUCACUAUUUCAUUAAUAUUAUUUAUUGAUUAUUUUUCGAGGCGCUGUAACUUAAUGUGAGCAUUGGGUUUGUUGGGAGAAAGAUUUAUUAAGAGAGGCAGAGAGGAGUGGUAGAAAAAAAUUUAGAGGGAGAAGGAUCUCUAGAGAUAGAUAAAGAUAGAAAAAAAGUUAUACGAGAGAGAGUUGUGAAAGAGAGAGGGUAUUAUAUUACAUUCCUUUCCUCAGUAAUAUUAUUUUGUUAAUUGAAAAAAAUAAAUCAAUAAUGAUAGUGAUAAAAUAAAUUUUUUCUGGAGAAUAUUAGUACUAUAUAUAUAUAUGUGUAUAUGUUAUGAGUGUGUUCGUUCGUGUGUCUGCAGGUUUUUGAGUAGUUGUGUUGGUAUAAAUAUUUCUUAGUACGCGUGUGUGCGAAUUUAUCAUUUCAUCUAGCCAUAUUGGCUCGUAAUUUAAUCACAUUAAUUAUCAUUGUUAUUCUCAUUGUCGUCCGUAUGUAUUUCUAAAGUCAGGAUUUCGUAAUUUAAGAGUAGGUGAGAUGUUGAGGUUUAAUAGCGAGAGAGAGAGAGAGAAAGUAGAAAAGAAAGAGGGGAAGAGUUGCGAAGAGAAAACCUUGUGUUCAUUCUAUUUCGAUAAGAUUUUUUCACAGAUGACUUCAUAUUAUCAUCAUUAAGAAUUACUAUUUUAAAAUUAUUAUCCUCAUUCUGAGUGGAUUUUAUUUGUUCUGUUUAGAGCUGCUGUAGUAAUAAUAAUGAAUAUAUAUAUAUGGAUAUAUAUAUAUAUAUAUAUACUUUAUUAAUUAAUUAUUAAAGUUAUUCAGUUUUUAAAGGCGUUUUUGGCAGAUAAAAAUAACAUUUGGCGUUUUUUUU